CUGCGCCUUCAUUAAUAACGGGCAGGAAGGCAGCGGAGGAUUGGAGCACUGACAUUUCCAUUUCGGUCUCUCCUUUCUUCGCGCUGAUGUUACGGUAUUCUGGCUCCGUCUGCCGUCGCCCGUUAUUUGUUAGACGGUGCUGCUCGAUGUGAAAGUCCGGCGGGCAAGGCUGGAGAGUCAGCUGGCAGGACAGUCGGGGACCGGCGGGAAGCUUAUGUUGAAAGGUUAUUGAUCUGAAACGUUGGCGUGGAAUUUGGGAGCGUCGCGUUGUCACUCCUCAACCUGACCACGACUUCAUAAAUCAGCACAAACGCAGAUCUACGUGCAAAUAAUUCCUGAUACAACGUGUCAGGGGCAACAGGCUGUCCCUAUCUUUCUCUAAUCAACCACCUGUCAUCUCCCCCCACCCUCGUGCCCCGAAAUACUAGGGCUUGGUGAAAGUCUCCCAGCUUCCAUCCCCACAUCUCAAAUAAAAGCAGGAAUCCACAAGUUCCAAGAAUGCAGACUUCUGUGGCAGUUCAGUGCCCAAUAUUAAGAGAAUUACCAUUGCAUUUGAGUUUCUGUUAAAACUGCUGUAACAUGCUACCGGAUGCUGUGUCUCUACUCCUGCAUGAAGGCUGACAAUGGUAUAACCAGUGAAAAUGAAAUCCAUGAAGUUUGCAGUUCUGGUGCAAAUGCUGAAGGUAUUCAAGACACUACAUGGGCUGAAGAAAAUAAGCCAGAACCACAAAAGGAACAACAUACCUGUAGCCUAAAGACAUAUGCUCAGAGAUGCUCUGUUUGCAAUCGGACAGAAGCUGGCAUAAACUGUGAACUUAAGGGCUUCAUGACAACUUAUCAACGAAAUUGCACAGGUUCUGACAGCGUAAAGCUUGUUAAAAAUAUUGAUGAAGGAAUUGACAGGUUGCAUUGCAAAAGCCAUAGAAGCCAUGAAGAAGAUAGAAGAAACAAGAAAGCCCAUGAAUCACCCUCUGAUGGCUGCUGCAGCAGCAGUAGUGAGGAAAGUGAGAGGUCUAAUAAUACAGCAGAAACCUUCAAACAGAAAAUCAGGAACAAAGUGAAAGAUGGUGGACGAUUCAGAAAAUGCCAGAAAUCUCCUCCUCAUUUAUCAGAUGUUGAUGGAACCAUACAGGAUUCCGGUGUUCCCAAAGCAUCUUUCCAGGAACAUGGCUAUUUCAAAGAAGCUAAAUUAUUUUGGACUAAAGUAUGUGCUACUGGAAGUGUGGAUCAUUUAUUUGAGGAACUCAGUGAUGUGUUAAACUGCCUGAAACAGAAAAUCACAGAUGGUACAGCAAAUGACCAAGAUUAUUUGAAAGCCUUGAUUUUAGUCCGGAAGGCCGGAAUCCAUGACUCUUCACUUUCAUUUGAUACAUCAGAAAAUGAGGAACAAUUUCAGCAUGACAGUGAAGAGGAGAUAUCAGAAAAGGUCAUGAUUUCUGAAGAAAUGGAAGCACAAUCUACACCAAGCAGUUCCCUGUUUAUGCAAGCAUCUGUAAUUAAAAGUGUGCCUUCCUCAGCUGCCUCCCCACCCUCUACAGAUGGAUUCAUCCAGCCUAACACUCCCAAUCAGUUGACCUUCGAACAGCACCAGUGCAGUGGUUUGUGUAUCGCAAGAGUGACACCUCCGACGCCUGACCAUUUCAAAGGGGAAAAUCCAUUGAGAAUUCCCAUACUUUGUCAGUUUCAAAGGCGACAUGGGAAAUUGCAUUGGGAUACUGAGGUCGUGGAUCCUCCUCAUGUCACUUACAAAGCUCCUUGUGGAAGAGGUUUGCGGAAUUUCAAGGAGGUGCGUGAUUACAUUUUUGAAACCCAGUGUGACUUUCUGGCGUUGGAUUUUUUCUCUUUCAACACUUACGUCCAGCUUUCACGGACAAUUUCUUGCAAGAACCCAGUUAUUUAUGAAAACGACAUAAGCCAUGGUGUAGAACCUGUGCCAAUCCCUCUGUAUAAUGCAAUUGAUGUCUCCAAACCACGGUACUUUAAAUAUAGAAAAAUACGGUUGCCUCACGGAUAUCUUAUUAGCAGGUCAGCAGAGAUGUUUCAACAGAAAUGCAACUGCACCGAUGGCUGCAACGACAAAUCUAGGUGUGCCUGCCAACAACAGACAGCAAAUGUCAACAAAAGAUUUAAAGGGGCAACUGGGUAUGAAUAUAAACGACUUCUCCAAAGUGCACCUUCUGGAUUAUAUGAAUGUAACAGAUGGUGCAAAUGCAAUGAAAGAUUAUGUGAAAACAGAGUUGUACAGCAUGGCCUUAAGACCCGACUGCAGUUAUUUAAAACUAAAAAGAAAGGCUGGGGAGUUCGUUGCAGAGAUGAUAUUGACAAAGGAACCUUUGUGUGUUGUUAUGCGGGGAGAGUACUAAACAUUGUAAAUGCAGUGGAGAACCAGAGAAAUGAUGAAAUUAUUAAUUAUGAUAUUGAUGUGGGACGUAGCAACAUAGUAAAGCCUUCCAGCAAGGUAGAGAAAAACGGAUCACAUUUGGAAUCAGAUGGUGAACUAAUGGAUGCAAUGGAAGACAGAAAGACCCAUAUGAAAGUAGAAGAAGCAACUCCUUUACAUACAACUUCAGCCUUAAGUCAAAAAGGCAGGGAGAAGCCUGAAUGUGAAAAGUCAUAUCUUCAUAGUUCUGAAAAGUCAGCAAAUAAAAGGCCUAAAACAAAGACAGCCCUUCUGCAGGCUCGACGAAGGCGGCUUCUGGAGCAGGGGCAGAUUUCAAUUACGUACAGCAGUUCAGAGGACGACAACAGUGAAUCAUCAGGGCAGCGAUCCAAAAAGAUCCCAAGAACACUUGAGCCAUUUUCACUAAAGCAACACAUUACUCUGUCAGAUAAUCAACUUAUUAACAGUGACAAAGGAGACUCGGACAAUAGAAGCUGUGUCGGUUAUGGAAUAAACUAUUCUAUUUCUUUGGGUGAAAAUAUUUUUGAGAGUCCAGCAUCUAAGACAUCAGAUGAAUGGGAAAAUGAAACAAACAACAAAAAGGCAAAUGUACAAGACAAGUUGAUUCAGAAUAACCAUCACAAAGAACAGGCUUCAGAAUUACAAAGAAUAUGUAAUGUUAAUGAACAAGGGGAUUCCUGUUAUUUAUUGGAUGCUACAAAAGAAGGAAACAUAGGCCGAUUUAUUAAUCAUAGCUGCGAUCCAAACCUUAUGGUACAAAGUGUUUUUGUAGAUACACAUGACAAGAAUUUGCCGUGGGUUGCUUUUUUCACUAACAGGUAUAUCAAAGCAGGAUCAGAGUUGACAUGGGACUACAGAUACUCGACAGGAAGCAUGCCUGACGAAGAAAUUCCAUGUCUUUGUGGAUCUGCCAAUUGCAAAGAAAGUAUAGUGUGAUACUUCACAAUAAAUCACAAUUGAUCUCCCUCUCAAAAUCUGUAGAGGAAAGCUUGAAUGAUGCUUCCAGUUCCUGUCUUAAUUGAGAUUCAUGCUGGUAAAUGCAUGCACAUAAAGAUUGGUUGAGAAUUCCAUGAUUCCUUCCCUCUUCCCACUCCCAAGCUCCAGAAUUACAAUCAAGUAACCUAGUGACAGUCUUCAAAAGGGUUCUUCAUAGACUCUGAGAUAACAAGGUGUA